AUGACUGUGACCUACUCAAACCAAGUGGCUAAUGCCCGCUUAGGCUCCUUCUCCCGCCUGCUGCUGUGCUGGCGAGGCAGCAUCUACAAGCUGCUCUAUGGCGAGUUCCUCAUCUUCCUGCUCAGCUACUACACCAUCCGCUUCAUUUAUAGGAUGGCCCUCACGGAGGAACAGCAGGUGAUGUUUGAGAAGCUGACUCUCUACUGCGAUAGCUACAUCCAACUCAUCCCCAUCUCCUUCGUCCUGGGCUUCUACGUGACGCUGGUGGUGACCCGCUGGUGGAGCCAGUACGAGAACGUGCCGUGGCCCGACCGCCUCAUGAACUUGGUGUCGAGCUCCGUCGAGGGCAAGGACGAGCAAGGCCGGAUGCUGCGGCGCACGCUCAUCCGCUACGCCAACCUGGGCAGCGUGCUCAUCCUGCGCAGCGUCAGCGCCGCGGUCUACAAGCGCUUUCCCAGUUCGCAGCACCUAGUGAAAGCAGGCUUCAUGACCCCCGCGGAGCACAAGCACUUAGAAAAAUUGAGCUUGCCACACAACACAUUCUGGAUGCCCUGGGUGUGGUUUGCCAACCUGUCAAUGAAGGCCUGGAUUGGAGGUCGCAUCCGAGACCCUGUGGCAGUCAAAACCUCAACCUUCCCUCCUGCCCCUCAGGAGAUGAAUACCUUGCGUACGCAGUGUGGACAACUGUAUGCCUACGACUGGAUCAGUGUCCCGCUGGUGUACACGCAGGUGGUGACCGUGGCAGUAUACAGCUUUUUCCUGGCUUGCCUGAUUGGGCGGCAGUUUCUGAACCCAGCCAAGGCCUACCCUGGCCACGAGAUGGACCUCGUUGUCCCCGUCUUCACAUUCCUGCAGUUCUUCUUCUAUGCUGGCUGGCUGAAGGUGGCAGAGCAGCUCAUCAACCCAUUUGGGGAGGAUGAUGAUGACUUUGAGACCAACUGGAUUGUCGACAGGAGCUUGCAGGUGUCCCUGUUAGCUGUGGAUGAGAUGCACCAGGACCUGCCCCCGAUGGAGCGGGACAUGUAUUGGAAUGAUCCAGAACCGCAACCCCCCUACACAGCCGCUUCCGCCCAGUCUCGUCGUCCCUCUUUUUUUGGCUCCACCUUCAAUAUCAGUCUGCAUAAGGAAGAGAUGGAGUUCCAGCCCAACCAGGAGGAGGGGGAGGAAGAGGGGGCUCAUCCUGGCAUCAUCAGCUGCUUCCUGGGGCUGCAGUCCCAUGACCACCACCCCCACAGGAUAGGCUCAAAGACCAAACUACUAUUGCCCAAGAAAGAAGUCCUCCGUGAGGGCCAGCCCGAGAACCUUGCAGGAGCCAGAAAGAGCUCCAGGGACCAGGAAGACAGCAAGGCCUGGAGAAUGAAUGGGGAGGAUACCUUGAAGCCCGCUGCGCUGUAUGGGAGGUCAGGCUACCACAGCGCCCCGCAGACGCCCCUCAGCCCCACCCCGAUGGUCUUCCCAUCCAGGUCUUUGGUUAAAGACCAAAGCCUACAGCCUGGGACUCCUGGGACCAAGAUGAGUUUUGAAUUGCUCCCAGAGUGUGCUGGGGCCUCUACAGAGAACCUAGAAUUGUGUCACAUGAAGAAGAAAACUGUCGAGUUUAACCUGACGGAUAUGUCAGAGGCCCCUGAAAGUCGUCUCGGAGAACCACAUACACAAUCAACAAGGAAGACACACAUACUCAAAGAGCAAGAUCCCUAUUGGGCCUUGGAAAACAGGGAUGAAGCACAUUCCUAGCCCGUUUCCCAAAGGGAAUGCUUCACCAGCCUGGUCCUACCAGCGUGUACACCAACGGGACACUGAUCCAGUCAUAGCCAUAUAGUUGUCUUCACGGAAGAAUGUUCCUAUGACAGCCUGAAUUAAGUGGUUAGCUCAAUGGAUAACAAAAAUCAGUAGUUUCAGGACUACUUAAGCCUUUACAUGCCUUUUGUGCAUAAAAGUUACGAAAGCCAGAAUGAACCACCGGAAACAUGUAAUUCAAAACACCCAAUUUGAAGACAGGAGUCCUUAAGUCCUGUCUGAAUUUCAUGCAUCCAAGCCGUAGUAUCUUUCCUAAACUUAGAGAAGUUUCAUAUAACUAAGGAUUAAUAAACUAAGGAUUUUCAUAUAUACAAAUCCUCCUAGGCGUUUCAUUUUGAUUAGUGUGAUUGAGCUUGUGGCACUUCCAGAUUUAGCGAAGAUGGCCUCGAUAUAUUUCUACCUCAUCCCAAGAACUCAAAGACAAUAGCUGGGUACCAAAUUACUUUAUUUGAAAGAAUGGUACAAAUGAAAGAACUUAAGAAGAUGACUUGGUACAACUUAUAGAAAAAGUAAAGGUAACCCCAACAUGCAUGUACUGCUUUGGUGACUAGAGAUGUCACCCCUGUGGCUACAGGAAGUCAGCCAAAGAC